UCUCUGUUCCUAUCCUUGAUCCUAGUUUUCAUGGAUAAGCUUUAAUUCAAGCUUCCCCGUCUGUCUCGUAUACUUAGAAGGUUGGUUUGUUCAUCAUGGGAUUUUCCAUGCUCAUGUGCAUGAAGACACAAGUGCCAUUGCUAGAUUUUCCAUCCGGUAAGCUGAACAUGAAUAAUGUUGUCUUCAAUCCACGUAGACACAAAGAAAAGGUUGUCAUUUUAAUGGGGGCAACAGGAACCGGGAAGUCAAGGCUGUCCAUUGAUCUGGCCGCCAGUUUUCCGGCAGAAAUCAUAAACUCCGACAAAAUGCAAGCGUACGAGGGACUUCCCAUAGUCACCAACAAAGUCACCGAGGAAGAGCAACGCGGCGUGCCGCACCAUUUGCUCGGGAUACUAAAUCCAAAUGCAGAUUUCACGGCGACGAACUUCUGCGACGCGGCGUUGCUUGCCGUCGAGUCAAUCAUCGGACGAGACCGCCUCCCGCUCAUCGUCGGCGGCUCCAAUUCGUACAUUGAGGCCUUGAUCGACGACGACGAUUACAUGUUCCGGUCGAAGUAUGAAUGUUGCUUUAUUUGGGUGGACGUAUCAAUGCCUGUGCUCCGCUCAUUUGUGUCGAACCGGGUCGAUCAAAUGGUUGAAAAUGGGUUGGUGGAGGAGGUGAGAAAAACGUUCGAUCCUGACGCCGAUUAUUCACGGGGGAUCAGAAGAGCAAUUGGGGUUCCAGAAUUCGAUAAAUACUUCCGACAGGAACCAUAUUUAGACAAACAUCAACGUUUGAUUCUUCUCCACGAAGCAAUAGCUCAGAUGAAGGAAAAUACAUGCAAAUUAGCAAGACGGCAGCUGGGGAAAAUUCUCCGGCUUAGAAAUAAAAAGGGGUGGAAUAUGCACCGGCUUGACGCCACCGAAGUGUUUCUAAAGCACGGCAGCAAAGAAGCCGACGAGGCAUGGAAGGAGCUUGUCGCCAGAACGAGCACAAGAAUCGUCGACCAAUUUCCGUACAAUUUUGCCUCCAAAAUCCCUGCAAAAGUAGCAGCUGGGAUUAAGGUGAGGAGGGUAGGAACUGCAAUUGCAGCCGGAACUUUCUAGAAAUAAUUAAUCUCGCUAAUAAAUAAAUAAAUUACCUAUAUUUUGUAAACAUCAUAUUCUGAUUGUAAUUCCAACAAAUAUUUGAAAUAUUAUUUGAAUUAAUGAAUUAUAAGUAUUAA